AUUCUAUUCCAGUGGACUGCGGUCUGUGGUGUUACUUAAUAGUUUCUUAACAAUUUUUUUAAUCGCUAAAAAAUUCUUAAUUCUAGUUUUUAACUCAGAAAAAACAGUAAACUUGCUUGUUAAAGUAUUUAGGUACCUUAUGUUAAAAAGUCAAUCUGUGAUAUGAAUAGAUAUCUCCUGUAGGCUACAUUUCAUUUUGUAAAUAUGUAUUAAUCCUUGAGGAUUGAAUUUUGAAUUUUUGGUUGAUGAAUUUUUCAUCAUAAAAAGUGUCACUGUUACAAAUGGAUCCAAUAAUGUGCGGAAAUGUUAUGGAAGAGGACUAUAAAAAUUUGAAAAUAUCUGUGCUUCAGUUACCAACUAGAGAUCGGUUAUCGUGCAUGUUGAAUACAAAAAAAGUUUUGUGUUCCUCCGAAAAGUUACCUAGGUAUGUAAAAAUAAAAUAAUUUUAAUAGCUACACACUACUCUUCAGAUAUAGACAAUUUUAAUCACAACUACACCAUAAGUAUCAAUUAUUAAUUUUCCUUAUACAUUUAGAAAAUCAUUAUUAACUGUUACAACAAAUAUUUUAUUAAAUUUAAAGUCAACUCGAGAACACAAAUAACAAUUUUUAAGAUUAACAUUGUAUGUACACCAGUAUAUCUGGCAAUAUAUCUGUAUAUCCAUAUUUUGUUUUAAUAAAUUGCUUUGUAUAAUUCAUAGAGAUUGGAGAGGAUUGUGCACUCUUUUGAAAUAUACAAUACCAUCUGGAUGUGAUCCAAACGAGCCGAUAAACAAAAUAUUCAAGUUUUGUGAAUUUAAAACUACUAUAGCAGAUUUUUUGCUAUGUCUAGAACGAAUAGACAGAUUUGAUGUUAUUGACGAUACAAUAGAUUUAAUUAGUGAGUACUUAAAAACAAGAAUAAUAAAUAUUUUUGGCAUUAUUUUGGCAUUAAUAUUAUUAUUUAAAUUAAUUUUCAAUAUUGUAUCAAGGUUGUGACAUAGUCUCUUUUAAAGAAAAACAAUAUUCCAUAGCAAUUCCAACACCUGUAAUACACCAUGAUGAUUUUGAUAAUAAUAUAAUUACUUUAGGUGAGUUUAAUUCAGAAUAUAAAAUUAAUAUUGCAACAUGAGACUAGGUGCAUAAUUAUAUUUUUAUAAUUUCAUAGAUGACGAUUUAGCUUUUAAUAACGGUCUUCCUCUUCCAAGAUAUGAUGCAUUUUUACUGUACGAUGAUGCAGACAUACAGUUAGCAGCAACUGUAGUAGACAAAUUAGAAACUGAAUACGCACUCAAGGUAAUAUUGUCAAUUUUAUAUUCUGAUUGGAUUGAGGAAUAUAUUAUUUUUACAAUGAUGUUUACUUUAUUCUAUCUAUUAACAAUUUUAUACCAGAAAUCUUGCUACAAUUUACAAUUAUAGCACUGUUUCUGAAAGAAAAUCUGACUGGGGAAGUCAUUUUUUUUAUUUUCCUAGUAAUUUUACCAAAACAUAGAAAAAACAGCAAAAUAGAUACAAUAUUAAUAAUAAAAUAAAAUAUGUAAUUAGUUUACCAUAAUAUGACAUAUAUACUGUUGACAAAUCAACACUUUUAACCAAACUCCGCUCAGAAUCAUUUUUAAUUUGCAAUGAUUAAUUGUUGCUUACAGAUAUACAUCAAAUUACCUUUAGCAAUAGCUGCACUCAUCCCCAUUAUCCUAAGACAGAUCUUUUUAUGUAAAUACAUUAUAGAAAAUAGUAAUAUCUUGAUAUCUAAUUUUCAUUACUGAAUUAAUCUUAUUUUAAUUUUUAGCUGUGCCUAAAAGAACGCGAUUUAAGACCGGGAAUUAUGUUUGAAUAUAUGUCAAUAAUGAAGUUAAUUUCUGAUCGUUGUAAUUGGUUGAUUAUCAUUCUAACAGAUGAUUUUUUAAAUAGCCCAUGGAAUAGAUUUAUUAUGAACUAUACACAGUCUUUAGCCAUCGGUAAACAAUAUUUUCUUUAUAAUUAAUAUUAUAUUUAUCCUUAAUACAGUGAACUAGCAGAACAAUUGUUUUAUCUUAUGGAAAAUAAUGGACAUAUUUUCAUUUAGACUCAUAUUAUUAUUUAUUGCAGAGCAAAGAUUACCUAAAAUUAUUCCAUGUGUGUUUAAUAAUUGUAUAUUGCCUGAAGAACUCAAAUGUUAUGUUAACUUAUAUUUCAAUAAAUAUAAUCCAUUCUGUGAUCCGUGGUACAAACUAAGGAUAACUGUUUCACCAAAUAGUAGAAAUAAAUUGACCAACAGGUGAAAUAUUUAAUUUUUUUCUAAAAAUUGUUUAUGCUAAAUAUUUGUUGUUAUAGUAAUCAAAUAUCAAAAAUCGAUAAAUCAACAAACAAAAAUUCUUCAGUGACCGUCAUUGAACAUAAAGAUCCAGUGGUAAUUUCUUGUGAAGAACAAAUUGAAGAGCAUAAUAUCUCGACUGAAAGUCAAAACAUUUCAAAUAGAUUGGCAAAAAGUUUUAAAAAUGUUUCCAUUAGAGUUAUACCUAAGAAAUGGAAAAAAAAAUUGAGUAAAAAAAUUGUUGAAGGUUUUUGAAAAUUUUUUUUUGUUAGGAGUUUUGAUAUAAUUAUUUUGAAAUUGAUUUUAUUAUAUUUCUCAAUUUUUUAUUAUUUUUAUAAGUGGUAAAAUGAUUAUAUAAAUUGUUAUACUAAAUAUUAUAGUUUUAUAUUUUUUUAAUUAAAUUAUUUUUAACAAACAAAAAAUAACUGCUUGAUAUUUGAAAUUCUUAUUUAUUCAAAUUAUAUUAAUAGAACUUAAACAUUGUAGUAUAUCCAGCCGCCAAUAAUAAUACUAAAAUAUUUUAAUAUAUACUAAUAUUGUUUUACACAAUCGUCACCAUCGCCGGCAUAAUUAUUAUGUUAAAUUUAAAUAUAAUAUUAUAGAUAUAAACAACAAAUUUCUGUAAGCUACUUUCGCGAGUUGAUGUGUUUAUUUUAAAAGAUUACUAAAAUAUUGUGAAACUCACUCUUCUCCUGGUGGAAGGCGAGGAACGAGCCCAGCCAGUUCAAAUAAAGUAUUGUAUUAUAUUUUGGACGAUUUGUUUGUGUUUAAGUAUAUACACGGUUUCCCGAGGUUACCUAGUGUUCUGUAGUACUUACCGAACUAAUCAAUAACUAUAUAUUACGUAUAGUAGUAGUUGAAAUAUAGAAAUACCAAUAGUUUGGAUAAGAAAAUUGAUGUAAUAACACUGCAGCACACAAGGAGUAAAAUUCCCUUGACCUGAAGUAUUAAAUCAAUAACAAAUAUCUUUAAUACACUUAAAUACAAAAAAUUGAUCUUGGUAAUAUUAUGCAAUAUUAUAAUUAAUAUAUAUAUAAAUAUAUAUAUAUAUAUAAUAUUAGGAAUUAAGUUAAUGUAUAGAAAGAAAAAAGUAAAAAUUCAGGAAAACCGCAGAACAUAAGAUGCCACAACAAACUAUAUCAAGAAAAUGAGGAUGCAAAUCAAUUUUCACCUUAAGGUUAUACAAAGAAAAUUUAUUCCUAGUUGCUGUAUUGUCAUUGUUAUUAUUUUCGGUUUUUAAUAAUAUUUUUUGAGUAUAUUCCUUUAAACAUUGUCC